AUGCCGUCAAUCGCGCGACGACAGCUGCAAAUGCCCGGAAUGAGCCUCUGGGCCGGCGCCUGCCAAAACCCAGCGACAUCGGAAUGGAUUCAGUUUUUCAAGGAAGCUGGGAUCCCCCCAGGCCCUGCCGUCAACUACGCCGUCAUGUUUGUGGAUAACAGGAUCCAGAAGAACAUGUUGAUGGAUCUGAACAAGGAGAUCAUGAAUGAGCUGGGCAUCACAGUGGUGGGAGAUAUCAUCGCCAUCCUCAAACACGCAAAAAUCGUGUACAGGCAGGAGAUGUGCAAGGCGGCCACCGAAUCGCUCUGCCCCGGCUCCCCCAGUGUUCAAGCUGAGCUGCGCCGCAACGCCAACAGUGCCGCGAGCCGGAUGAUCGCCAACAGUUUGAGCAGAGACUCACCUCCUGCCACCCCACUCCGGCAACGGCCCCACGCCUCCAAAAUCUCUGUCACCGUCUCCAACAAACUGGCCACCGCGAAGGCAGGUUUAUGCGACGAGGCAGACGAAAAUCCAACGAUUCCGGUAAAACGCCGCCGGGUGACAGCGGAAAUGGAAGGGAAAUAUAUCAUCAACAUGCCCAAGGGCACCACGCCGAGGACAAAGAAAAUCCUGGAGCAGCAAGCAGCCAAAGGUCUGCAGAGGACAUCUGUCUUCGACCGGCUGGGAGCUGAGGCAAAAGCGGACACGACCACAGGAGGGAAGCCCACAGGGGUCUUCAGCAGACUGGGUAACGCCUUGGGGACCGAUGGGGACAAAGCCACGGAGAGCGAUGACGACUGCUCUGUCCUCCAGUACGCCGGCGUCCUAAAAAAACUCGCCAAACCUCCCCGAAAGGAAAGCGCCGAGCCAGGGGGGGCCGUCAAGGCGAACGGAAACCCCCACCCGGCGCCAUCCAAAAUCGGCGUCAUCAGUAUCGCCGCGGUGCCGGUCGAAGCCCAGGACGGCGACGUCACUAGCACGAAGGAUAAAAGCGAACCCGAAUUUCGGGUGAUGAUCAAAAGGACCUGGGGGUGCGGGAAGGUGAGCAGCACCAGCGAGACCCCCGGCGCUCAGAUGGACAGUGCCGGCACCGUUAGCGUCUUUAAACGGCUGGGGAAGAAACCAGAUUGAUCCCGUGGCGCUUCUUCCCGCAGCGGGUGGGUCCUCCGAUGGUUUUCCACUUGUCCCGUCCCCUCCCGACGGUCGCCCGCUGCCUCCCAUCCCAUUUCUUCGCCCUCAAGAACCGGCGGAGUCUCACCCUGCCUUCCUCCUAACCAAUCCCACGGGAAAACAAGACUAAUCCCACGGGGAAGGGCUUAAUCCCGCAGGGAGACGCCAAACCCAACGGAAAAACAGCGGAGGGAAGAGGGGAAAAGCCCUUCCCGACGGAUUUCCUGCCUGCCGGGCAUCCCUGCCUGCCCCUGCCCGCAAAGCCGGCAGGCGUGAGGCCACAUCGUGGCUUCUCCAUCUCCUGGCAGCACCAAAACCUCUUUUUCCCCGCCCCAGUUUUUCCCUCCUUGGCAGGUUCUUUCCUGUAUUUAGGAAUCGGACCUGGAGAACUCCACACACAGGGGGUUUUCCCUAUUUUUUUUCUGUUUUUUUUCCUCCUCUGCAGGUUUUUUUUUUCCCGAAUUUAGGAAUUUGCACCAAAAUGACUCUGUAAGUAAUCAUUACGGAGUGGCGGCUUGCUGCAGGGAUUCCUAAUUUUUAAGGAUUUCCGAGUAGCCUCCAAAAAAAAAAAAAACACCAAACCCCAAAAGCUUUGAAAAAACUCCUCGGGGGCUCAAAAAAUCCCCAAAUUGCCUUAAUUUAAGUGACACCUUCAAUGCGCUGCUCACGGUUUUAGGCUCGAGCUCAUCCCACGUGGAACCUAAAAUAGCUGCCGUGGGGUUUUACUGAAAUUAUUUAUUUCCCCCCAAAUUUGUCUCCCCCCAAAUUUAUUUCUGAUGACGUCACCCAGGGCGUCUUCACCCCGCGCCUGUCCGGCGUUGCUGCAAACCCUGAAUAGACAUUUUUUCUCCCCAAAAUAAAGGUAACGGGGGUGGAGACAGCUGUGUGGUGAGUCAGGGCCAUAACAGUGAGUCUUUUUAAUAAGAAAAACCACUAAUUUCUUUAUUUUAACCUUUUUUGGGAGGUUUUCUUUGCGCUUCGGGCGUUGUUUGGUGUGUGAAAAUGAGUGGGUUUUACCAAUUUUUGGCUUUCUGUGUUACCCGCCAGCCUGCGGGGGAGCUUUUUGCAAUAAAGCGUGGAAGCGGCU